UUGUCAAGACGACAUUUUAUAAAUUCUUCCGAUGCAUUCGUUAUUAAGGGUUUCACUGUAAGAUAUAGGCUUGUGAAUCGAGUAUUGUCAAAUGUGCAUGGAGGGUCACUUGAACCUACACUUUAAAUAUCUUUAAGUUUCAGUUUCUUGAAAUAGAAUUAUUGCCCUCUGAAAACCUAUUCAAGUUUUUGUUGAAAAUUAUUGUGCAGUAACUAUUAAUUCUUUUAUGUUCCGUCAAUUCCAACUGUGUCGAAAUGGCAUAGUCAAUAUUUUUAAUAUUUUGUUUUAAAAGAAUUAAAAGUUUUGAAUGAAGAGGUCUACAAAAUCAGUCUAAAAAGAUAUAAGGAUUAGCACAAAUUAGAUUGCAAGAAGAUCCUAAUCUAUUUCUUUAUGCAGGCUGUAAUAUGAGUUUUACUAAUAUUCCAACAACAUCACAUCUGUGACCUCAUUUGUGUUUUAUUUAACUUUUUAAAGGUUUUGGAUGCUAGUUAUUUUAUUCUUCCAUUGUUAGAAUAACUUUAUAAAAUUAAAUAUUUAUACUUCAUUAUUACUCACUUGUUACACCCCGCUUACUCCCUAAUAUAACCCUAUGACCUCAUCAUGUUAUCUUUCUCUUGGGUAUAAAUACAUAUUCUCUCUUUUGUCCUCCCCCCACCUGGGCCCAUGUCCUCUCCUGGCGAAACCUCGAAACCAUCUCUCAGUUUAGCUCAGGUGGAGAAUCCUCUAGCAUCCUUCUGCUUAUCCUUCUCCAUCCAGAGAUCUGUCCUCUGCUCAAAUCUAUCUAUUUAUCAUUUUAAAGCCUAAAUUCUCUAAUUGGAUUAAGAAUAGCUUUGUUCUAAUACAAGUACAUCAGAAGAGAUGAAUAUAAUUUUAACGUUGUAAUAUUUACGAUAAAAAAAUUCUUAGAAAAAGUUUAGAACUCCAUCCAUAAUGUUGGCCUAUAUAAGUCAAAAAAUACAAAUUUUCAACUUUUAUGAUAAUCUUAAGAGGGGAGGAGACUAAUUCAUAGCAUGAUCUAAAGUUUUUAUAUAGAUAAGAAUGCUAUCCAAUGAGACCGAAAUAAACCCAUAUUGUAUAAUGAAAACCAGCGUAAUGGAGAAAAAAGAAAAAUCAGUUGGUACAAGUAAUUCCCUAGACCCAGCUCAAAGUGAAGAAACCAUCAUUGGUUCAGUUGUCUGUAGUACAGAAAACAUCCUUGGUUCAGAUGUCUCUAGUCCAGAAACCAUCAUUGGUUCAGAGGUUUGUAGUACAGAAAACAUCCUUGGUUUAGAUGUCUCUAGUCCAGAAACCAUCAUUGGUUCAGAGGUUUGUUCUCUAGAAAUAGUCCCAAAACCCUCUGAUAAAGUAAACUUAGCGAGCCCAGUAGAAGUCCAUUCUAGAAUUAAGCGAUUAAGCAGACAAGAAACAGAGAUGGAUGAACCUGUUUUUCAAUGGAAACUCUCCUCUCCUCCUCCCAGAAGAUCUGCACAGCAUUCUAGAGGUCCUUCUCCCAGGGGACCUCCCUCUCGAGAUAUAUCUGGACUUGAAAUAAUAUCUCCUGCACCCGAGGCUUCCAUAUUUGUAAAGGCUGGGAAACCUAUCCCCUCUCAGUCCACUAGUUCAUCACCAGUUAAAUCUAAUCUAGCAUCAAAAUACAAGUUGACAAGAGGAGCCAGUGUUGCUGUACCAGACAGAUGUUUGAGUCCAGUCCCUACACAGACUAGGUGUAAAGAUGAUGCUAGAAUAAGCUAUACAUGUCUGGCAACAGCUGACGAGUCAAUGGUGCCAGAAACUGAAAUAAAAGAAGGAUUAAAAAUUCAGAAGAUUUUGAGACAAAUACAAAGACAAGUAAAUAGUCCGGAUCAUCAGAUUUACUCUAACUACAUCUGGCCUACUGAAGGUGUGGUUGAGUCCUGGAAACGAGAACAGCAUCAAGCUCUUAAUUCUCUUGAUAGUGGAAGGAGAAGAGCUUGCUCUACAACCUCCUUUUAUCUGCCAGCAGAGUCUCCUGGUUCUAAAAUACGACGGAUGGAUUGUGUUGUUUCGACUCAGGAUAUCAGUGUCUCUCAACUUCUCAGCUCAAGUAGGAGAGGUUCUUAUGUCCUUCUCUCAGAGGACGGGAGACGGGGAGGCAGAGGCUCACGGCGAGGAUUAUCUCCAUCAGGGUAUACGAGGAGACAGAAACUGGGUUUAAUCGGGAAAUCGGUUUCUUUAAAUCCAAGCUCUCUUAGGGAUGAAGAGGAUGUUGCCAAUGACAGCCGGUUCUUUAGUGGGGAAAAGCAGUCCAGUCUAGAUCUAACUGGAUUAUCUGAAACUAUACCUCGACCCACCUCUCUAUCCCUUGAACUAGCAUCAAUCAAUGCUUACGAAUUAUCUCCUAAAGAAGAGGAGAAAAGACAAAUUGCUACUUUUAUAGUAACAAGUGGAGCUCUAACCUUCCUGCUCCUAGCAGCUUCUUUAGUAACUUUAUCCUUUCUCAUGUCUCCAGUAAUAGAACGAGUAUUUGUAAGAGAAAAGUUGAACCAAACUUCAACUGAAUUCAACUCUACAGAGUACGAGCCUGGCAACUAUUCAGCAGUCAGCAACUAUUCUAUGAUGAAAGAAAGAAAUAUUGAGAAUUCUAAUUCUAAUAGAAUGAACAUGUCGUUGAGUAAAACUCCAUUGGGCUAACAGUACCAAUAUAUACCACAGAUUGUAGACUGGAUUUUGAAUUGAGAACGGUAGCUGAUGCUUAAAGAUCUGAAAACUCCAAAUCAAACAAUCAAAGUCAGCUUUAUAUGAAGCAUUAUUAUAAAGUGUAUUGAAAGAAAAAGAAAAAAUAUGUACUUUCAAAAUAAUAGCUUACUGAUUUCUCUUAAAUUUUCAAGAAUUUGCCACUCCAAAAACAAACUCAGCAGACACAUUCAGAGAUUAAUUCCUUCUAGAAGACUGCUUUAUUUACCAUUUGUAAUUAGUAUGAUCAGAGCUGAAAACUUUAGAAUGAAAUAUCCAAUUGUCUGAUCAUUUUGCUUCUCUGGAGUUUAAAUUUACGU